UUAAACUCUGAACCACGUGUUUAUUGUCGUCAAAUAAUAUAUUUAAUUAUUUAUUGUUUUAGAGUGAUAUAGAUAAAUAAAUAAUCCAAUAAUGGCUGGAAUGAAUUCUUCCAAUGCACCACAAAUCCAAAUUAGAUUUGUAACUAAACAGACACAGUUCGCUGUUCCAGAUAAUCCUUUUUCUGUGUCAGUAAAUAUUAUAUCAGAUGAGCUAAAUAUUUUAGUAAAUGAAUUACUAAAAGGAAGCGGAAAUGAAAAGAAUAAAGUUGAGUUUGAUUUUCUGGUAUGUUCUGAAUUAUUGAGAACUUCAUUGUCAGAACACAUCAAUGAACGCGGAGUAUCCACGGAAGAUGUGAUUGAUGUUGAAUACUUAGAAAAACAUCCUCCACCCGAGCCACAAGAUUGUCUAGUUCACGAUGACUGGGUAUCUGCUGUUGCUGUGUCAGAAAAAUGGAUUUUGACUGGUUGUUAUGACAAUACUGUACAAAUUUGGACAUCUAAAGGACAACAUAAGCUCACUAUUCCCGGUCAUAGUGCCCCAAUAAAGUCUGUGGCUUGGAUAUCAAUGGAUCUUGAGACAGGGACAUUUGUCAGUGCGUCGCAGGAUCAAACUGCUAUCAUAUGGAAGUGGAAUAUCGCUAGAAAUUCGGUUGACUGCAUCCAUGUAUGUCGAGGUCAUGAGCAAUCUCUAGAGUCUGUUGGCGUUAACUCAGAUGGUGGAGUCAUGGCAACUGGUUCCUGGGACACGAUGCUGAAAAUUUGGUCGACUUCUGAUGAAGAGGAAAACGAUAACGAUGAUGGUGAAUCGAGGAGCAAAAGAAUGAAGACAGACCGUGGAAAAACUAAGACACCAAAAAGAACAUUGAAAGGACAUAAAGAAGCAGUAAGCGGAGUUGUAUGGUCAGAUAAAUCGGAAAUAAUAACUUGCUCUUGGGAUCAUACACUCAAAGUCUGGGAUUCAGAAUUAGGUGGAAUAAAACAUGAGAUUCCUGGAAAUAAAAGUUUCUUUGAUCUUGAUUAUUCAUUAUUAUCACGUGUCGUUAUCACUGCUUCAGCUGAUAGACACAUCAGAUUAUAUGAUCCGCGGACAUCCGAGGGAUCUAUUGUUAAAUCAACGUUCAGUUCUCACACACAAUGGGUUCAAGCAGUUCGUUGGUCCACAACCGAUCAAAAUCUUUUCAUUUCUGGAGCCUGUGAUAAUAGUUUAAAAUUAUGGGACACUCGGAGUCCCAAAGCCCCAUUGUACGAACUCUCAGGCCAUGAAGACAAAGUUCUUGCUUGCAACUGGUCAAAUCCAAAACUCAUAGUCUCUGGUGGUGCUGAUAAUACAGUCAGAAUAUUUAAAUCCUCUUAUGCUUUACAUUAAUAGCUAUAUAUAUUUAUGUAAUUUUUUUAUGGCUGAUAUAAAGAACACUCGAACAUAAA